AUGGGUCCAGCCAACUACUUCCUCGGGAUACAGAUUGAAACUCACCCAGAUAAGUAUCAUUUAUCUCAAAGUUUAUACGCCAAUUCAAUUCUUCAAUUAGCUGAUCUUACAUUGUGUAAUCCACUUGCUAACCCAUCCUGCACUAAAAUUCUGCCUCAGACCUCCGACGACCAUCCAUGCUUUGAUCAAAACACCUACAGGAGGAUCAUCGGAUCACUGCAAUACUUAACGCUCACUCAGCCGUAUAUUGCAUUUUCCGUCAACAUGCUUUCACAACACAUGCAUGACCCGGCAGCUAUUCACACAUCUCUUUUAAAACGCCUUUUACGCUACAUCAAAUGCACAAAUGAUCUCGACAUACCAAUCACGAGAUCAAAUCUUCUUCUCCGCACUUUUUCGGACGCCGACUGGGCGGCCGAUCCAGUUUCCCGGAAGUCAAUCUCCGGUUUUUGCACCUUCCUUGGCGACACUAUAGUUUCUUGUACAGUCAAGAAACAAACCACCGUCUCUCGGUCCUCUACGGAGUCGGAAUAUAGAGCGCUCGCUGCAGCCACCGCCGAUACAAUAUGGAUAAAAAGACUUCUCUUAGAUUUCUCGAUCCCGCACCAACCGCCGAUUGACAUUUUUUGUGACAACAACUCCGCAAUAGCACUGGCCAACAACCCAGUUUUUCAUGCCAGAACAAAACACAUCGAAAUCGACCAACGAUUUGUCCGGGAUCACAUCCAUAACAAAACAAUUCGGCUGUUACCAAUCAAUACAAUUGAUCAAAUAGCCGACAUAUUUACUAAACCGCUCUCCACUACCAGGUUUCAAACCCUUCGCUCCAAACUGAAUAUUUCAUCCAAAUAUCAGUUUGCGGGGGAAUGUUAG